UGUUUACGAAAUUGGCCAUGUUUACACUUUGACUCCACUUGAACUUCGUAUAAUUUAUGUUCACUUAGUUUAUAUAAGAUAAUUAGGACAAGUAAUUCUUAUCGUUUUUUCUAUUUGCUUUACAUAACUUGUUGUGAUAAACUACAAACGUUGCAAGAUAUUCAUGUGAAAUCUAUAUUUCUUUACUUCAAGGGUAAAUACCGAUUUCAGAUAACGAAACCGCUUUAGUCGUACAUAGAAAGCGAAUUAUUAGGUUUAUUACAAAUUAACUGCAUAUUUAAACCCAAAUUAAACCAUGAAAGGUUACUCGCACAGAUUUUUAACCUUACUGCGCGCCACAACAUUAAAUUCUGAUGCAAAAGUACGUCUGGCGAGGCCCAUAUUCUGCAAUGAGUCGAGAUAUUAUAGUGAUGUCGCCAAUGCUGCUAGUAAAACGGAUUUGACCUCGGCGGCGGUAAAAUCGGCGGCACCGCUAAACGAUCUUCUAGGCCGGCGUCACGAUUACCUGCGUGUAUCACUUACGGAAAGGUGUAAUUUAAGAUGUCAAUACUGUAUGCCCGCUGAAGGAGUGCCGCUAACUCCAAAACCAGAUUUAUUAACGAAGGAAGAGCUCUACCGUUUGGUUAAUGUGUUUGCAUCUCUCGGAGUGCACAAGAUACGACUUACAGGGGGUGAACCAACCCUACGAUCUGAUUUGGCUGAAAUUAUUGAGCAGCUAUGCAAUGUCCCGGGCAUUCGCAGCGUGGCAAUGACUACCAAUGGGCUGGUGUUAACACGGCGGUUGCCAGCAUACCAGCGUGCUGGCUUAUCAGCUAUAAAUGUAUCUCUUGACACCCUGAAGCCGGACAGAUAUGAGCAGAUGGCUAGACGACCGGGUCUGAAGAAGGUGCUGGCAGGUAUAGACUUGGCUCUGCAGCUUGGCUACCGGCCAGUCAAAGUUAACACGGUGCUCAUGCGAGGCUUCAAUGAUGAUGAGAUAUGUGAUUUUGUGGAGUUCACACGUGAUAGGGAGGUGGAAGUGAGGUUCAUAGAGUUCAUGCCGUUCUCCGGCAACCGCUGGGACGACAGCCACAUGGUGUCGGAGGCGGCGGCGCUGCGGGCCGUGCGCCGCGCCUUCCCGCGCCUCGCGCCCUCGCUGCCGCGCGCCUGCGACACCGCCACGGUGUGGCAGGUGGAGGGUCACGCUGGCCGCGUGGGGUUCAUAUCCUCGAUGACGCAGCCCUUCUGCUCCUCCUGCAACCGGCUGCGGCUCACAGCUGAUGGUAACCUUAAGGUGUGCCUGUUCGGGGCAGCGGAGGUGUCGCUGCGGGGUGCGGUGCGCGCGGGCGCUGACGACGCGGCGCUGGAGGCGCUGGUGCGCGCCGCGCUCCGCAACAAGAAGCCGCAGCACGCUGGCAUGCAGAAUCUCGCGCGUAUGGAGAACCGUCCAAUGAUACUGAUAGGAGGCUAGUGGGCCCGCGAGCGGCGACGGCGCUGCGCCUCUUAGAU